AGCUUUGGGAGGCUGGUGGCAACCCUCUUUUGGGUACUCUUGGAGGUCAAGAUAGAAGAUCCAUCAACAAGAAGAUGAAUGAUUUCAAUUACCUCAAAUUAGGUCUAACUAUGAAUCGAGUUGCCAUAGGUACUUAUGUGAGUUAUCAUUGGCUUGCGCCAGCGAUAAGGGCACAAGUUGAAGCAAUAACUAUCAAUUGGGAUGCAAAACUUGACAAUGAUGAACUUGAACGAAUUCAAGCAGCCAUUGAAAGGAUCAAAUUAAGAAAGGCUCGAAUAGAACGAUCAAAUAUCACUUGUGAAUGUCAGCAGUACAAUUCUUAUCCCAAUACAUGCCAUUUUGAUCCAAACACCUCAUGGAAUAAUGAAGAUAUAUUGGAGCCACAAUCAGGGUUUCAAGUUCUAGAAGAGGAGACAUGUUUGAAUAAAAAUCUAGAGGUUCAAUCAAGUCGUUUGCACAACUUAGUUGCUGAAGAGAUACAAGGUGAGUUACCUAGUGCAACAAUGAAAAAUCAAGACGAAGAAGUAAACACUUUACUCUUGGAGAUUGAAGGACAACUUGGAGAAGUAGAAAUUAUGCCUGCAGAAACUAAACAAGAGGAUGUCCCUAAGGAGGAAGAGGAAAAAGCUCAAGUAUCAUUUGAAGUGUUCAAUGGGGAGUCUCCUUUAACCAAAUCUGAUUUUAAUGAUUAUUUUGUUAUUGAUAUGGUUGAUGAGAUUUUGCAGAAAAACACUUAUGAGGAUCCAUUUGAGAUUUACUUUAUUCAAGCAAAAGACCCAAUCAAAGCAUACAUAAAUUGCUUGAAUACAUCAUCUUCCUUGGAAUCAAAGGGGGCACUCCUAGAAGAAUUGGGAAGGCACAUCUGCUGGCCUAAACCUAAACCCCCUCAAAAUAGUCAUUGGAGAAAAUCUUAUGGUGGAUUCAACUUAAGGGCAAGAAAGCCAAGAUUUAAGAAAACGAGAGGACAUGCCCUACGACUUGAUCCAAAACCACCUUGAAGUGGUAGAAAGUCUGGCUAAUGAUUAUAAAUUCAGCGCUUCUUGGGAGACAACCCAAGCAUAAAAUUUUCUUUUCUUUUAUUUUUCGUUUAUAGUUCAGAUUUUUUUUUUUAAUUUCUUUCUUUUUCUCUUUAUGGCCUAGGUUAAUGCAUAAAUUGUUGUUCUUUGAUUUUGGCCAGGUCAUUGAACAAGUUUGGGGGACAAGAUUAUGGAAAUUCAUAUGCUAGAAGUCUCCUCUAAAUGAAGACAACUCAACUUC